UGUUAAAGUGUGUAGACACUGAUCGUUCUGUUUAGCACGUGGAAAAACAACUCGCCUUGGCUUCUCGUGGAGAAUAGAUAAUUUUCGUUGAUUUUACGGCAUAUUUACGCCUUAAAUAUGUCGAAACUGUACGUGCUGUAUGAGCAUGCGGCAGGCUUUGCGCUAUUCUCCGUCAAGGAGUUUGAGGAGGUGUCCAUGUUCCUGCCACAGGUCGAGUCCUCCGUGACGGACAUUGCUAAGUUUAAUUCUAUUGUGAAGCUGGCGGGAUUCGCGCCGUUUAAGACGGCCAUUGCUGCACUCGAAAAUAUUAAUGCCAUAUCUGAGGGCAUUGUGCCGCAGGACUUGUUGCAUUUCCUCGACGAUUUCUUUGCCAAGUUGAAGAAGAAGAAGUGCACCCUGGGCAUUGCGGAUGCCAAGUUAGGCGCUGCUAUCACCGAAUCUGUGGGGGUACAGUGCAGCCACUUUGGUGUCGUGCCCGAGAUACUGCGAGGUGUGCGCUUCCAUUUUGCAAAGCUGGUAAAAGGCUUUACUGACAAGUCAGCUGGAGUGGCACAACUGGGUCUGGGACACAGCUACUCUCGCGCCAAGGUCAAGUUCAAUGUGCAUCGAUCGGACAACAUGAUCAUUCAGUCGAUAGCGCUUCUGGAUCAGCUGGACAAGGAUGUAAAUACGUUCUCUAUGCGCAUACGCGAAUGGUACUCCUAUCAUUUCCCAGAACUGGUGAAAAUUGUGCCAGACAACUAUAUGUUUGCUAAGGCGGCCAAAUUUAUUAAGGACCGCAAGGAUCUGACCCAAGAUAAGCUUGAGGAGCUUGAGCAGAUUGUCAUGGACUCUGCCAAGGCGCAAGCUAUUAUCGAUGCUGGAAAAAUGUCAAUGGGAAUGGAUAUAUCCAUUGUGGAUCUAAUGAACAUUGAGCUCUUUGCCGAGCGCGUAGUAAAGCUCUCCGAGUACCGCAAAAAGCUGUCCACAUAUUUGCACAACAAGAUGAACAUGGUUGCGCCAAAUCUUCAGUCGCUCAUUGGCGAUCAGGUGGGUGCUCGCCUCAUCUCGCACGCCGGCAGCUUGACAAAUCUGGCCAAGUAUCCCGCAUCGACAGUACAAAUUCUGGGCGCCGAAAAGGCACUCUUCCGUGCGCUCAAGACGCGCUCCAACACGCCCAAAUAUGGUUUGAUCUAUCAUUCGUCGUUCAUUGGACGCGCUGGCCUCAAGAACAAGGGACGCAUUUCGCGUUUUCUGGCCAACAAAUGUUCGAUUGCCUCGCGUAUUGACUGUUUCCUCGAGCAGCCCACCAGCGUGUUUGGCGAGACGCUAAAGCAACAAGUGGAAGAUCGCCUGAAAUUCUACGAAUCGGGUGAUGUGCCGCGCAAGAACAUUGAGGUAAUGAAGGAGGCCAUUGAGGCGGCUAACCAAGAAGUUGCAAAUGCACCACAGUCCGAGAAGAAAAAGAAUAAAAAGAAGAAGCGACCGGCUGAGGCUGAUACAAAUGGGGCUACCAAUGGCAAUGGGACGCUCUCAGCCGAGGCAGGUGCCGACAAUGGCAAUGCGGAGGCUGAUGGCGAGCCCAAGAAGAAGAAAAAGAAGAAGAACAAGAACAAGCAAGCCGUGGAGGCGUAAAAACGUAUGUGUAGAGGAUCUACACAUUUUACAUUGCUGCUUAGUUAUAAGUUCAAACUUUAUUAUUUUAACUUACUAUUCUUUUCUGUAUUUUAUGAUACACCGCAAAUUAAAUAAACAUAAAUACAAUUAAAUAU